GGGACUCUGGGGACAGGACGGUGAAGACAGUGCCGGCGGCCCAGGCGGCCCGGCGAGGCCCGGGCCAGGCAGAUCCUGAGGCCAGCGCGGCGCCAUGCAGGACGGUAACUUCCUGCUGUCGGCCCUGCAGCCCGAGGCCGGCGUGUGCUCCCUGGCGCUGCCCUCCGACCUGCAGCUGGACCGCCGGAGUGCUGAGGGGCCCGAGGCCCAGCGGCUGCGGGCGGCCCGCGUCCAGGAGCAGGUCCGUGCCCGCCUGCUGCAGCUGGGCCAGCAGCCACGGCACAACGGGGCGGCCGAGACGGAGGGUGCAGCCGAGGCAGCUCGAGGCCCGUCCAGGGGUCAGUUCCACACCCUCCAGUCUGGCUUCAGCUCCCGCUCCCAGGGCCUGAGCGGGGACAAGACCUCGACUUUCCGGCCGCUCGCCAAGCCAGCCUACGGCCCGGCCACCUGGUCUUCCCGCUCGGCUGUGGACCUGAGCUGCAGCCGCCGGCUGAGCUCGGCCCACAACGGGGGCAGCGCCUUUGCACCCGCCCCGCCCGGCCACGCCAUGCCUGCGCGCCCCGUGUCCUUCCACGAGCGCGGGGGCACAGGGGGCCGGGCCGACUACGACACGCUCUCCCUGCGCUCGCUGCGGCUGGGCUCUGGGGGCCUGGACGACCGCUACAGCGUGGUGUCCGAGCAGCUGGAGCCUGCGGCCACCGCCUCCUACAGGGCCUUCGCCUACGAGCGCCAGGCCAGCGCUGGCCCAGGCCGCGCUGCGGGGCUGGACUGGCCCGAGGCCCUGGAGGGCGCCCCCAGCCGCACCAUCCGGGCCCCGGCCAUGCGGACCCUGCAGCGGUUCCAGAGCAGCCACCGCAGCCGGGGGAUGGCCGGGGGUCCCGUGCUGGACCCCGUCGCGCGCGCACCUUCCGUUCGCAGCCUCAGCCUGAGCCUGGCCGAUUCUGGGCACCUGCCGGACGUGCGCGGACUGGACAGCUACCUGGGCCACCGCUCCCUGCAGAGGCUCAGCAGCGGCUUCGAUGACAUCGACCUCCCCUCCGCAGUCAAGUACCUCAUGGCCUCAGACCCCAACCUGCAGGUGCUGGGAGCGGCCUACAUCCAGCACAAGUGCUACAGCGACGCAGCCGCCAAGAAGCAGGCCCGCAGCCUGCAGGCCGUGCCACGCCUUGUGAAGCUCUUCAACCACGCCAACCAGGAGGUGCAGCGCCAUGCCACGGGCGCCAUGCGGAACCUCAUCUACGACAACGCCGACAACAAGCUGGCGCUGGUGGAGGAGAACGGCAUCUUCGAGCUGCUGCGUACGCUGCGGGAGCAGGACGAUGAGCUGCGCAAGAACGUCACAGGGAUCCUGUGGAACCUGUCGUCCAGCGACCACCUCAAGGACCGCCUGGCCCGGGACACGCUGGAGCAGCUCACGGACCUGGUGCUGAGCCCCUUGUCGGGGGCCGGGGGCCCCCCACUCAUCCAGCAAAACGCAUCCGAGGCUGAGAUCUUCUACAACGCCACGGGCUUCCUCAGGAACCUCAGCUCGGCGUCCCAGGCCACGCGCCAGAAGAUGCGUGAGUGCCACGGCUUGGUGGACGCACUGGUCACCUACAUCAACCACGCGCUGGACGUGGGCAAGUGCGAGGACAAGAGCGUGGAGAACGCCGUGUGCGUGCUGCGCAACCUGUCCUACCGCCUGUACGAUGAGAUGCCGCCGUCGGCGCUGCAGCGGCUGGAGGGCCGUGGCCGCAGGGACGCAGCCGGGACCCCGUCCGGCGAGGCCGUGGGCUGCUUCACGCCACAGAGCCGGAGGCUGCGAGAGAUGCCGCUCACGGCGGACGCGCUGACCUUUGCCGAGGUGUCCAAGGACCCCAAGGGCCUGGAGUGGCUGUGGAGCCCGCAGGUCGUGGGGCUGUACAACCGGCUGCUGCAGCGCUGCGAGCUGAACCGGCACACCACGGAGGCUGCGGCCGGCGCCCUGCAGAACAUCACGGCGGGCGACCGCAGGUGGGCGGGCGUGCUGAGCCGCCUGGCCCUGGAGCAAGAGCGCAUCCUGAACCCGCUGCUGGACCGCGUGCGCACCGCUGACCACCACCAGCUGCGCUCUCUAACCGGCCUCAUCCGGAACCUGUCCCGGAACGCCAGGAACAAAGACGAGAUGUCCACCAAGGUGGUCAGUCACCUCAUAGAGAAGCUGCCGGGCAGCGUGGGCGAGAAGGCGCCGCCCGCAGAGGUGCUGGUCAACAUCAUAGCCGUCCUCAACAACCUGGUGGUGGCCAGCCCCAUCGCAGCCCGCGAUCUGCUCUACUUCGACGGGCUGCGGAAGCUGGUCUUCAUCAAGAAGAAGCGGGACAGUCCUGACAGUGAGAAGUCCUCACGGGCGGCCUCCAGCCUCCUGGCCAAUCUGUGGCAGUACAACAAGCUCCACCGGGACUUCAGGGCGAAGGGCUAUCGGAAGGAGGACUUCCUGGGCCCGUAGGGCACCCUGAGGAGAAGGCAGUGUGGCCGGACUAUGAGAGACAGACCUUCGAGGGACAGGCCCAGUGGCCAGCCUGGCCGGAGGCCCAGGG